AUGAAAAAAAGAAACUGUUUUUGUUUCUAAUUAGCCGCUUCUUCCUCCUCCGUAGUUCUGCAUCUUUUUCUUCUUGCAACCAGCCGCCGCUGCCGUUAGCCUGGAGGGUCGUCGCCGCCGUCGAACUCUCCGUUAGCCGCUGCACGCCCGUCCGCCAAGCGUCCCAGCCACGUGAUUCCUUCAGCCGCGCCUCUGCCGUCUCUUCUUUUUCUUUCGCCGCCGUGCCUAGGAGUCUGCGUCGGCCACCAUCUGCUCUCCGCCGUUCGGGUUUCGCCGUCGUCGCACGCCGGAGUGAUCUGUUAGGUAGAUCCUUUGGUGUAACUUGAGGUUUAUGGUUGAAGACGUACUGCCCAGCGGGUUCGACUUGGUUUCCGCUGAGGUUUUAGGCAAGAGUACCUUUAUUUCCUUUAUUAUUCCUUCUCAUGGUGGACGCUUUAAGCCUAAUGGUUUCCAAUUGUGUUCAAGGGAUGAUCAGUGAAGGCUUUGAAGUGGGUAUUGGAGAUUGAAUGAUGUCUGCAAAAUCGAAGUCCCUUCAGGAAUAUCUGAAGCGCUAUGAAAGUAACACUGAAGAGGAAAAGAAAAAGAAGAAAAAGAAGAAAACAACAGCAACAAACAAACCCAAUGCUCUAGGUGUUCUAGUCGUGGAUGAAGAUCCUGUUUGGCAGAAACCAAUAAUUAUUGAAGAGGAUAAUGCUGACAACUCAACGGAUGAGGAGCCACAAGUUGAUGAAGAUGUUGAGGUUAAGAGAAUGAGGAGGCUUGAAGAGCUAAAAGCCAAGCGACCGUAUAAUUCCAUAAGUGAAGAUGGAAGCGGUUGGGUUUCACUCUCUCCAAAUCGUGCAAAUUCUAGCAUGGUGAACUCUGAUAUGUCUCCACCUCGUAGAACAAGAGUGCGGAAUGAUACACCUUCUCCAUCUAAUGAGUUGAAGCCUCCAGUACCCGGUGAAGAAGGUGAAGAUUUUUCACCUCCACGGAGGAGGCCGAGGAAACCUCCUAGCUCACUUGAACAUGAUGAAAAGCCUACAAAUUCUACGUAUCCAAGUUCUUCUCCAACUCAAAAGGAUAAAGUUUAUAGAGAUGCACACUUACAGGGAGCUAACUCGUGGCAUAUAGAUUAUGCACAAGAAGAUAUUGAUCUAUCACCUCCACGACAACGAAGGAAGCGUUACCAUACUCCCUCGCCUGAACCUGAUGCAACUUGUACAAGAUCUGUUUCUCCUCAAUUUGAUAUUUCACCUCCUCGUAGAUCUGAUAGGAAGGCAUCUAAAACAAGUUUAGGGGGCAACCACAAGGUUGAUCUUUCUCCUCCUCGACGCAGAGCUUCAGACUAUGUAGGUGAUGAACGUAUAUCACGUGGAUCUGAUCUUUCACCCCCAAGGAAACAAAGGAAGGAUGUGAGAGGAGAUCGAUCACUUUUAGAUAAGCAGUCACGGAAUCAUGUUACUGACGCUUCGCAAGAAUCACCAACAGAUCUUUCUCCACCUAGGAAAAAGCAAAAAGAACUACCAGUUUCAGUCUCCUUUAAACAGACGCGCAAGACUGGUUUGCUUACUCAACAAGAGUUUGGGGAAGAAAUGUCUAAAACUAACAAAGAGGAUUGGACGAGGUUUAAAGAGAUGAAUCCUUCGGCAAGUAGUAAUGCGGACCCUGUGUAUCGUGAUAAGAUUAAAGGAGAUCGCAUUUCGAAAGAGGAAUUCUUAAAAGCACGCGGAAAAAUAGAAGAAAAGGCCAAGGAGAUAAAGUUGGAAUGGGGCAAGGGCUUAGCUCAAAAACGAGAAGCAGAAGCUGAACUUAUGGAGUUAGAACUCGAGAAAGAUAGACCAUUUGCACGGUCAAGGAAUGAUGCAGAACUUGACACAAUGCUGAGGGAUAGAUUGAGAUGGGGUGAUCCUAUGGCACACUUGGUGAAGAAAAGACAAUCUGAGAUGGCUCUUCCUGAUUUAGGAGACAAUGAAAAGAUGAAGGAAUCAGGGUUCAUGAUUCCUCAGGACAUUCCACCUCACAGCUGGCUAAAAAGAGGAUUGGAUGCUGCACCUAAUAGAUAUGGUAUAAGACCCGGAAGACAUUGGGAUGGGGUUGAUCGUAGUAAUGGAUUCGAGAAGCAAAUGUUCAAGAGGAUGAAUGAGAAACAAGCUACAGAAAGGGAAGCAUAUCUUUGGUCUGUGUCUGAUAUGUAAGAUGACAGGAAGUUGCUUUUCAAGAUGGUGAUUUCCUGCAACGAUAUGUAGCUUCUUUUCAAGAAGAUGAUUUUUAUAAUUUUGUAUGUUCAUCCGUAAUAGCUAUUGAGGAAUUCGUUUUUCUAUAUUACAUUUGAUAUGGUAUUCAACACGGUGUCAUGGCAAUUGUAGUUAAAUUGGUAGCUUGAUAACCGAUGCAAAGAAAAUUUCAUACGAUGUAAGUGAGAAUUCUAACUUUGUGCAAAAAACCACAUGCUAGUUGUUUCGAUGAAAUAACAUAAAGUUGAAAAGAAAUUAAGUAAAA